UCUUGAGUUGGGGAAGGAAUUAAGGAGGCUGUGCCUCCGGGUUGCGCGGAGAGUCCGAGUCGUUUCUCAGAAACCUGGGAUAGGUGGGCCUUAGAGGAGACACCGCCCGCCAUGAGCUGUGGUCCUCUCAUCUGUCCAACCUGCUCUGUGGAUUGGUGAAAUAAUUCACUGAGAUAAGAGCACCGCCAGGAGAAGGAAUUGCACCCUUGUCCGUCUGCUUGGGAGAGACAGAACUUGGCACUUCUCUGCGUGGAGGUGCAGGAGAAGCUGUCAGCCAGCCAGAAGAGCUUUGAAGUCCUCCGAUGGCUGGUGGGAGGAGGUGAACACCGCCAGGGAAGAUGGUCUCCGGUUUGGGCCCCGCGUAGCAGCAGCUCCCAGGCCAGGCCCAGGGAUGUGCCUUUAGAGCACCAUGGACCAAGCCCACAGCGCAGCCCUGCAGCUGCACCAGCUGCCGCCCACCAGCAGCGCCAACCCGCUCAGCGAGCUUUCCUUCUCCUACAAGGAAAACCUGAUCGGCGCCCUUUUGGCAAUUUUUGGGCACCUUGUGGUCAGCAUUGCGCUUAACCUACAGAAGUACUGCCACAUCCGCCUGGCAGGAUCCAAGGACCCCCGGGCCUAUUUCAAGACCAAAACAUGGUGGCUGGGCCUGUUCCUGAUGCUGCUGGGUGAGCUGGGCGUGUUCGCCUCCUACGCCUUCGCUCCGCUGUCGCUGAUCGUGCCCCUUGGCGCAGUCUCCGUGAUAGCUAGCGCCAUCAUAGGAAUCAUAUUCAUCAAAGAAAAAUGGAAACCUAAAGACUUUCUGAGGCGCUACGUCUUGUCCUUCGUUGGCUGCGGUCUGGCCAUCGUGGGCACCUACUUGCUGGUGACAUUCGCACCUAACAGUCACGAGAAAAUGACGGGCGAGAACAUCACCAGGCACCUCGUGAGCUGGCCUUUCCUCUUGUACAUGCUCGUGGAGAUCAUCCUGUUCUGCUUGCUGCUGUACUUCUACAAGGAGAAGAACGCCAACAACAUCAUCGUGAUUCUUCUCCUGGUGGCAUUACUCGGCUCCAUGACGGUGGUAACUGUGAAGGCCGUGGCUGGGAUGCUCGUCUUGUCCAUACAGGGGAACCUGCAGCUCGACUACCCCAUCUUCUACGUGAUGUGCGUGUGCAUGGUGGCCACCGCUGUCUACCAGGCCGCGUUUCUAAGUCAAGCCUCACAGAUGUACGACUCCUCUUUGAUCGCCAGCGUGGGCUACAUUCUGUCCACUACCAUUGCCGUCACAGCAGGUGCAGUGUUUUACCUGGACUUCACUGGGGAGGACGCGCUGCACAUCUGCAUGUUUGCACUGGGGUGCCUCAUUGCAUUCUUGGGUGUCUUCUUAAUCACACGUAACCGGAAGAAGGCCAUUCCAUUUGAGCCCUAUAUUUCUAUGGAUGCCAUGCCAGGUAUGCAAAACAUGCAUGACAAAGGAAUGACGGUUCAGCCUGAUCUCAAAGCUUCUUUUUCCUAUGGGGCCCUGGAAAACAACGACAACGUUUCUGAGAUCUACACUCCUGCCACACUGCCAGUCAUGCAAGAGGAACACAGCUCCGGGGGUGCCUCUGGGGUUCCCUACCGAGUCCUGGAACACACCAAGAAGGAAUGAGCCCACCUUGAAGGAGACUCUCCUUCCCUCCAUUUAUAACUCUCAAGCCGAGCCGACAGUGGUUCAACCCUGAAUUCUAAAGUUUGCCUUUCAAGUCUUAUUUUUCUAAACAGAGAACUCUCUAGAAGGGGAUCUCGAAGAGCCUUUGUCUCUGGCAAAGAAUCCAUUAUCUUGGUCUCGGAGAUUUCAGAUGACCGGGGUGGGGGGGAUGGAAGCAGUAUUCUCUGGGUGGCGGGGGCGGGGGGGGUGGCUGCGGAGUUCAGACUCUGCCUGGUUCUGCCCAGCCAGCUUGGGAAAGCCGUCCUCAUCCCUGACGAUGACAACUGAGCUUCCUCCGGCAGUGACCAACAGUUGCCACAUUCCUCGGAGCUGAGGCAAGGCAGAGAUUCUGCUCUCACUUUCCACAUCCAGUGAAAGGCUAGAGACCUCUGAAUGUAGUCUUCCCUUGCCUGACCCUCCCCAUCUCACUCAUAGUUCCAGAUUUCCAGUAACAUCUGAGUUGUCAUCACAAGGCAUAGUAGGCCAGCCCCUGGGAACACCCUAUCAUUCACCUGUGGGAAAGGCACUUCUGCCUUCCAGUUGUCUGUGUCCUUCCAGUGAAAACAUGUCUGGUGUGUUUAUAUUAGAUCUCUGAAAACUAAUUUGGUUUGGUUCUGUGAACUAUGUAAUGGCUUUUCUCCCCCCCCACCCCCCACCCCCCAGGAACUGAGAAGUUAAGAGUAAGAAGGAAAUAAGGACAGGAGCAGGGGUAAUGAUACGUUAGCCCAUAAAGGAAGAAAAAUCCCUUUUCAUCUUACAAAAGGUGAUUGCACCACUUAUAAUAUAAAAGGAUAGGCAGAAAAUCGGGCUGUUUCAUGUGUGUAUUCCUGCACACCAGUGCCCUCUAGGAAGCUUAGGGGUGCUUACUGCAGAGACAGCCUCCAUCAUUCUCCCUCCGUCAAACCAAACUUGAAUUAUUGGCUCAUUUCCUUCGAGUUGACCUCGACUCUUCGGGUCGUCAUUCCCAUGUGCAUAUGUCUGGGAAAGUGGGCAUUCUUGGUAAGAGGUUGCUGCUUUGUUCAGGCUGCAUACGUGACUGUCCUCCCCCAAAACUGAUUAUAGACUUCUGAGAAUGGCAAGUAAGGGUUUGCAAACUUGAGCAUAAGGAUCCCCUAGGGAGUGUGUUUAAAAUGCAGAUUCCUACACCCCAAGCACAGAUCCUCUGUGGGAAUGACAGGGAGGAGCAAGAGUCCACAUUCUUGACUGGCAGCAAGGUCAUUCGGAUGCAGGCAAUCCAAGGAUCACACACCUUGAAAGCCUAAUAACUGGGCUGCGAAAACCUCCAGGGGCCAACACACCCCUGCUGGAAAGUUGCAAUUACCCUAACUUGUUUCCUGUCUGGGCUUCAUGUAGCAGGUCAAAUAAUUCCCAUAGGAUCCGUGGCAUUUAUCCAUCCCGUGAUUCCUGCUUAGAACUACGCUUAAUGUUCCCCUAGGCACUCUUUAUCUAAUAGGCAAGAUAACAAUGUUAAUAGACCAGUGUCGAUAGAUCAUUAACCUUUACGGAUUGUGCUUAAUACCGAUUUACUACCUUGACUUCGAAAACUGGCAUCUGUUCUUGUGAUAACCACUUCGGUAUUGUGUCUUACGUGCCUAAGAAGGCAGCAGACAAUGACCUUUUUUCUUCAGGAUACAUUCAACAAUAUUUGUGACACAUUUGCUGUGUGUUAGUAAGCAUUUGGAUGGGGGCGCCUGGGUGGCUCAGUUGGUUAAGAGUCUGCCUUCAGCGCAGUCCCAUGUCAGGCUCCCUGCUCAGGGGGGCGUCUGCUUCUCCCUCUCCUUCUGCCGCUCCCCACCCCCAACUUGUGUGCGUGCUCUCUCAAAUGAUGGGUAAAAUCUUUUUAAAAAAUAAAUAUAAUGGGCGCCUGGGUGGCUCAGUUGGUUAAGCGACUGCCUUCAGCUCAGGUCAUGAUCCUGGAGUCCCGGGAUCGAGUCCCGCAUCGGGCUCCCUGCUCGGCGGGGAGUCUGCUUCUCCCUCUGACCCUCCUCCCUCUCAUGUGCUCUGUCUCAUUCUCUCUCUCUCAGAUAAAUAAAAAAUAAAUAUAAAUAAGCUUUUGGCCGGUGAAGGCUACAAAGAACAGCAGUGGUCUCUGCCCUGCAGACCCGCAGAGGAAGACACGUACCCGGGAAACCACAGCAGGGUGGGCCAUGAGAGGUGCAUAGAGCAACCAUGGGCCACGGGAAAAGGACGGUUAGGGGAGCCCUGCUAAAGGUCAGGCCCUAACCCAGAACAGGGUAUUCAGAAUUGAAGAUGAUUUGGGGGCACCUGGCUGGCUCAGUCGGUAGGGCAUGGGACUCUUAACCUCAGGGUCAUGAGUUCAAGCCCCAUGUGUGGUGUAGAUUUUACUUAAAAUAAAAAUGUUUUUUAAUUAAAAAAUAAAAAGAAUUAGAGAUGAUCUGGGCUUCACCCAUCAAUGGGGGCAAAUCUGAUUUGAGCAAAGCAUAGAAAGUAGGGUGACCACACACACCCCCAGUCAGAGGGGCUAGCAUUUGCAAAGGCACGGAGAUAGGGAGUAGGUGUUGGCAAAGAAAGGAGAGGUAGAGAGGGUGAUGAGAAAUGAGCCUGGAAAGAUAAGCAGCGAACGCCGAAUCACCAAAUCACAGAGGCCUUGAAUGCCUGCUGGAGGAGCUCAAGGUGUGUCUUAGAGAGCGUGGGAGCCAUUGAUGAUUCCUAAGGAAGAGAAUGGCAGGAUCAACACUGAUUGGAAAGGGGGCUUUAUGCAGAGUAUAGAGAAUCUGAAGGGAUAAUAAAAGUCACUUUUCAAGGUCAGGCUGUAGGCCCACCAGAACAAAACACAAAAGGGGAAUUAAAAUCUGGUUUUGCUGCUAUUCAGAUUUUCCAAGUCAUUUUUCUAAGGUGGGCGGGGAUGAGGUAUGAGGGCAGAGUGGAUAAAUGGAAGAUGAACAAGGAAGCCGUUUCAAUGUGUCAGACCCAGGUGAUCAUUUUGGGGUUUUAUGGGCUCCCAACCUCACUCUGCACCUUCCCUUUUUUGGUCAUGCACCUUUUAGUCUCAAGCCAGGCAAGGAUGAGACGAGUGGAUAAAAGUGCAUUAUAGUUUCAGGUCAGCUGGCUGUCGUGGUUUCAGUGCCACCAGCCCCUGCCUCUGGGCCCUGGGCCGCCUCUGCCUUCAGGUUGGGGGCGAUGGCAUUGUGCUAUGAAGCUGAGCCACAGGAAGUCUGAGCAGAGAGCACUGGACAGUUUCCUGAGUAGAAGCCAGGGGUAGGCACCUGGGUACUCUGGAAGAACAGCUGAUGUGGAGCCUUGGGCUCCAGAGUUCUGAAUCUGUCUUGGGCUAUCUUCUCCCACCCUUUGUCCCCACGUGUAAAUGGACUGUUUGCUGGUGGCACUUGCUAUUAGGAUUGGGGAGGGGGGCGGCAAUCAACUUUCAUCUAUUUUUUUCUCUUGGCUCUGACAUUCCCCAAGCCCUCUUGAAUGUUCCAAGCCACAUUAAGUAGCAUGCCUCUCUGUCCUUCCUAGCAGCCAGUACCUAAAGCAAGGUCACCAAACUUGGGUUUAAACUUCCCGUUGUUCCCUGGUCUUCCUCUCCCCACUCCAGUCUGUCCCCCUCUUCUAAAGACUGGGACUCUGGGUUCUCUAAUCAGACAUUAGAACCAGUGAACCAGUUGAAAGACUGGUGCCUGUGGGCUUUGAUGAGAGCUCAGCCCCUCCCCCAGACCCCUCCCCUCGAAGCUGCAGGUCUGAUGAGGCCAUUGCAUUAAGCUUCAGGUCACAUGGGGUUGAUUUCUGGGGAGGGAAGGGAGGACCGAUGUUUCCACUGAUUUUCUGGUGGAAACCAGCCAGCUUGAUGGUACUGUGUGUAUACAAGACAUCCAUCAGGGUAGUGUUAGAGACCCUCCACCCACACUCUCGUGAAUUCCAUAUCUGGCCCAACGGUGGUUGUUAGGCAAAAAAAAUGAACUGCGUGUUUCUCUGAGAAGCUGCAUAAAUGAACUCGCCUUAGAAUAUACUCUAUGUGGAUGCUUAUAUUUUGUUAACUCCAUGACUGAUAUAGCAUGUCUUAUUUUUCAAAAAAUGUGUGUGUUAGGUGCAAAUAAUAUUAUGAAGUGGUAUUUAAUUAAAAAAAAAAUCCAUGUGA